AUGAGGGUAUUGGUCUUCUUUCGUAACACUCUUUAUUACAAUAAUGGUGAUGCGGUCUUCAAUAUUCUACAGCUGACAACAGCCUUCCAAGGAGGUGGACUGUGUGACAGGAGCAGAAGUUUCUUUUAUAAAGAUCAUCUGCAUAAAAUCAAAGUGCCAACUUUAGCACUUGCUGGAGAUCAGGACCUUAUUUGCCCCCAGAAGCUAGACGGCCAAGCUUAUUCCAAGGGAUUUGGUUACCUUAAAGUUUUUGGUGAACCUGGUGGUCCACAUUAUGGUCACUACAACUUAGUGGGAGGCUAUGCGGCAACAGAUCAAGUUUAUCCAUGUAUAAUUGAAUUUCUCAGUCUUCAUGAUACAGCUUGA